AUGAUUUGCUCUACUCUUUAUUCCAUUUUAGCAAUGCUAAUCCUUGUUAAUCCAUCAAAUGCUCAGUUGAUUUCAACGUUCUACUCCAACACAUGCCCCAAUGUUUCUUCCAUAGUGAGAAAUGUUGUGCAACAAGCUCUGCAAAAUGAUUCUCGUAUCGGCGCGAGCCUAAUCCGUCUUCACUUUCAUGAUUGCUUUGUUAAUGUAAUUCAUUUCAAACACAUAUUGGUUAAAGCUAGAGAUGGAGAUUAG